AGUGUCUAAUCCUAGCAGUCAUGGCGCAGGAAGAGGAAGAUGUUAGAGAUUACAAUUUGACUGAGGAACAGAAGGCGAUCAAGGCCAAGUAUCCGCCAGUCAAUAGGAAGUACGAGUAUUUGGAUCAUACAGCAGAUGUCCAGUUACACGCAUGGGGAGAUACUCUGGAGGAAGCAUUCGAGCAAUGUGCUAUGGCCAUGUUUGGUUACAUGACAGAUACUGGGACAGUGGAGCCCCUCCAGACAGUUGAAGUAGAAACCCAAGGAGAUGACUUACAGUCUCUUCUGUUUCACUUUUUGGAUGAGUGGCUUUAUAAGUUCAGUGCUGAUGAAUUCUUCAUACCCCGGGGAACAGAAGUCAAAGCAAUAACAUAUUCAGCAAUGCAGGUCUAUAAUGAAGAGAAGCCAGAAGUUUUUGUGAUCAUUGACAUUUAAGACACCAAAAAAGAAAAGAAUCCUAUGAAGAACAGUUAUUUUUCCCUCUUCCUCUUGAGAAGACACCGUGAAUUAAAUUCUACAGCAUCUUUUGAUAUCUGGAAAUUUGUAGAACAGAAAUUUUUUCCAGAAAUGGAAAAUCAGGGCCUUGGUGUGUGUUCCCUAAGUAUUCAGACUUUAAAGAAUUCUCCAAUCCCCAA